UUUCUGUCAACUACGAACUACGGAUGGAAAAGGUUGUCUAGCACCUGUAAUAACGUCAAAGCUCACCUGUAUGCAAAAUCGCGGCAUGACGAAUGUUCGUGGAAAUCAAUUUGUUCUCGUCGAGUGCGGUAAAGAACGCAGUGGAGAAAAAUAUUAAUAAGCAACAAAUUGUUACUCAUUGUUUUUAAAUCUUGGUUUUUGUUGAUUACAAGAAAAACAUUAGUACAAAAAGUGUGUCGGCAGUGAGAAAAAUAAAUUAAUAAACAAUUAUAUUGAAUUACUGACGGAUAAAUCGUGUAUUUGAAAGUGACAGUGAGAGGAUACGCAUGAGAGUUCAUCGAGGAAAGGAUGCAGUGACAGGCGAGAAGUGUAUAAAAAUUACAAAAUUAACAAUAAUCAAAUAUGAUUCGGGAAGUUGCGUUUGCGAUGGAACUAUAUUGUAAAAAAAGACGAUAAGGGUGAACAAUCGCGAUCUCAGCACGUGGUGCCAGGGGCAAAAGUGUCACGUGGGUAGUGGUACAUUGUGUUAGGAAUUCAAAUCGAGAGAGAUUCUACUCGCGGAUUGCCCUCUGUAAGAGUUUGCAAGUGUCAAGAGAAAUUCCGAAUAAAACUCGCGAAAUGCUUAUCGAAUUACGAAAUAAACGCGAAAAGUUUUGCUCGCUGAUUUUCAAUGAAAUAUGGUGUCCUUUCAUUGCGUAAUUAAAAUAAAAGGGAGAGAGAGAGAGAGAAGGUACACGAGGAAAUGCGGCGAACGAUUGCGAACGUUCGAUAAAAUCCGUAUGGAAGUUUCUCAUUUUGAUAUAAUUAAUAAGCUGCUGUCGGAAAACGAUUUGGUUAAUCAACAAUGAAGAGUCGUCAAUGAGGAGAAACGCCUUGUUUGUCUUCGUUUCAAGCGCGCUUGUCUGACUUCGAGAAGAGAAACUUAAUGCUAGAUUUCUCCAAACAUAUCGACAGUAGCAUCGCGUUGCGUAAUUAUUUUGCGUUAAUUAGCGAAGACAAGAGGAAGGCGCGCGGAGAACGCGACGUUAAUAUGCAUAUCUCAAGCAUUUAUACUGCUUAAUUAAACGAAAGUGUUAUGAAAGAUUGAUUCGCUUGACGGUAAAAUAUACGCACACCUGCAGCGUCGCAUAAAAAAAAAAAAUAAAAAAAAAAAUGAAACAGAAAGAAAUAUCAAGUUUUCGUGUACAAACUUUAUGAACGCGUCAGAGAGACCGCAGAAAGUUGCUGAAGACGAAAAACAUUACGGGACAACGUUUACGGCGGAAGCAGCGCUUUCGCCAUCCAACAACUGACGAUAAAAGGAGGAUCGUUAAGCUCGAAAAGACUUUCACGGAAUGACCGCGAAGUAAGCCGCAACUAAUAGCGGAACUACUUUCCCGCGGAUACACGGAAGCUAAGUGCGGCUAUUGCUUCGUGGCUUCUACGAAAAACACGUGGCAACGACGAAAAACAUUUCGUUCGCAUGGAACUUCUUUAAUAGAUCAAAUAAACUGCGCGCACGAGAGAAGACCAAAGAACGAAGAAGACCAACACGAUAAUUCAAUUUUGAUUAAAUUUACAAGUGCACAGACAAUUGUUUUCUAUAGUAUAUAUACUGGGGACCGAGAUCGGUAUUCGCGAUUAUCUCAAAUUGCGAAAAGUUUGCUCGUAACGCAAACAUAAAUCACGAAAAGAGCAAAAAAGCAAAAAAUUCCGAAUUCUCGCGUUCCGCUGAAUCCAAACGCGCAAGAGCUAGAUUUUUUUUCAUGCUAAACGGCGAUCGGUAUUUCUAGGAGCACGUGAUUUCAAAAAGAAUCCCUUCACGAGAAUCACGAGAAACAUUAGAGGAAAAAACGCUCGCGCGAAAAUAGAUCGGCGAACGUGAAGAAAUUGCGGCGAAUCGAUCGAAUCAACAUUACGAAUGCUCGGCUGUUUCUGAUUCACAUCGUGGAAUCGGUGCUGAUUUUUCAAAAAAAAAAAAAAAAAAAAAAGAUGUGAUUUUGCCACGUGAACGAAACGAAGAUUAAGAAUACGUUAAAGUGUUGCAGCGGUGGUGGAACGAUUAUACGGAAAAAUUCUCGACGCGCGGUGCAAAUUUUAAAGUACAACUCUCUUUUACUAGCCGACGCAAACGGUUGCGAUUAUCUUUUCGCACAAAUGUCAAGUGAACGAUGAAGUACUCGAGAAUGCAGAGAGGGAAGAAGUGGAGCGUCACUUCGCUUGGCGACGAAUCAUGCUCCAGGUGCGGCGUGUGUCUGACUAAAAUGCUGCUCGUACUACUGUCGGUGCUACUCUGUUCUUCCCUGACAGGUGCCAGAUUGCAGAUACAAAAACUGGAUGUGCCCAGCAUUGUGGAUCCGAGAUGGGAGAGCGUAUCGCUAAGAUGCGAAUAUGAUCUCGGCGGCAAAGAUCUAUAUUCGGUUACGUGGUAUAAAGACGAUCAAGAGUUCUUCAACUACAAACCAUCGGAACCAAAGCGAGAUCGCGGUAUAGACGGCGUGUACGUCGAUCUCAACCUAAGUAACAGCAAGCAAGUGACACUAUUGGGUCCGAAUUAUCAUAGAGGCAAAACUGAUCUAGCAGGGUCUUACGGCUGCGAGGUGUCGUCCGAAGGCCCAAGUUUCGAAACAGAUUACAAACAGGCAAACAUGAGUGUGGCAGUACUACCCGAGCAUCAACCUGUGCUCAAUGGGAUGCGACCUUCUUAUGAGGUCGGCGAGAUUCUUGAAGCGGAGUGCACGUCGGCGUUGAGUUACCCCCCAGCAGUUUUAACGUUCAUCUUGAACAGUAAAGAGGUGAACAGAGACGUAACCAGAAUCUUGCAAAGUGGUUACAUAGAAGAAAACGUGAUUUCUUUGACGCGGCUGGGCCUGACGAUACGUCUAGAACGACACCAUUUCCCGGGCGGCACCCUGACUUUGACGUGCCAAGCCACGUUACCGGGAAUCACCGGCUACAAGCCACUCAACAUCACCGUGAACGCCACUCUUGCUGCCAACAACCAACGUCUCGUUGAACCUCCUAGAAAAUCGGGUUCAAGGUCGAAUUUCGACUCGUGCCUGGUUUUGAUCGUCUGGAUAAUGGCGACGAUUCACUCCGCGAUUCGCCGUGACAAUCUAGAACUUUGUGUUUAACGUUGACGUAUAUCGCAAUAUACUGAUUUCGACGUUUGCAAUAUUAAAAUCCACGACACGCCAAUAUCUUUUGAGUUUGUGCUAAUUAGUACAUACAUACAUACGUCUCUCACAAUUGUUCUCGCGAUCGGGAAAAUGUCGCAUAUUGUCAUCGGCUUUCUUCUCUCUCUCACUCGCUCUCUCUCUCUCUCUCUCUCUCUCUCUUUCUUUUUCUCUCUCACUCUCUCUACGUGUUAACUAACGCGACGUUUCCAUGAUGCGACGAAUGCAUGUAGUACGUAGGUCUCUUGGGCGCGACGCCUACCGAGUGUGAUGCACAAUUUUGGUGUGUCUUGAAUCUUCGCGUAUCCUGUUCACACUUGCAUGUAUACACAGUAUUAGAACGCCCCGUAUAUGUAUAUCUUAUAUAGCGGAUAACUCAGAGACGAUAGCAAUACAACAAUAUUAUGUGUAAAGUAGGUCGAAACACGGACGCAGCGGCGUUGUACAUAGUGUAUAAUUGUGGAUUAGCAUUACAAAUUAUCGUGUAUAAUUAAUUGGACGUACUAGGAGACUGCGAAGGAUGACGGAGAACACGAUGAAAGUAACAUGAGACGUAUCGGAAUUUGCAAGAACGCACGCGCGCGAGAAACUGGCAGCAAUUUUAUAAAGCGGAAAACACGAUCGAAGUGUCGCGUCAAGAAAUAUCUAUCGUUCAUCUUUCUUUUCAGACCAGAGAAACUAUAGUUUAAUAAAAAUAAUACAUACAUAUAUAUAUAUAUAUAUAUACACACAUACACACACACAAAAUCUUGAAAUAAACAACUUGACGUAAAUAGCGUUAAUAUGUGAUUAAUUCGAUUACAUUUUUCACAUCCGAUCUUCCUCAGAAGGCGUGCGACGAAUCUUUUAUGUAAGAGAACGUUUUUGUGUUCUAUUGUAAUUUUACAUAAUUCAAGUCUUGUCAUCAUUAUCAUCGAAGUGUGAUUGCAGCAAAUAAAAUCAAAUGAUUUAAUCAAUUUGCAACAGUGUAUUCUUCACGAAUCAUAGACAAUCCUCUUUAUAGCGUGGCAAUUUUAACAGAGGAUCGUACCUAACUUAAUCGCGCGUAGAUGUAAUUUCAUAAAUUAAUUUUUAUAAUAUAAUUAAUAUGAAGUUUAGAGUACAACCAGUAUAAUUAACGCUUUGCUACUACAUAAAGAAAAAAUAACUCAAAAAAAUAAAGAAAAAAUAACUCAAUAAACGCAGCAUGAGCGAUAUAAUUAUCAGAAAAAUUAUCUCAUAUUUUGAUGGUUUCUUUCGCUGGCGUUUAUAUAACGAAGAAAACUCCUCGCGUGUAUAUAACUCUCUCUCUUUCUCUCUCUCUUUCUCUCUCUCUCUCUCUCUCUCUCUCUCUCUCUCUCUCUCUUUUCCUCUAUCGCACACUCGAAAUAUAUUAUUAAUCGACGUGUCGUCACGUUCAUCCAUACUGAAUGCUGCCUGAGAAAUCGGACUUUUAAUUAUCGGCUAAGUGUUAAUUAUAUUAACAGCCAAUCAAAAUGGGGAUAUAUAACUGAUAGGUACGAAGAGCAUUUCUUGUCUCUUUUCUACGCCACGUGUUAAUUUCCUGACAAUUUCUCGUUUCGCACUGAACGCUACUUCAAUGUUAUAAUACAAGAAAAUUACCAGUGAAACGAGAAUCAAGCACUUCAACGACUGUUUUUGAGUAAUUUUAAUUUUUCUUGUGUGUCGCACUUUUUUGCGCUCUCGAAAAAAAGAGAUAGAUAAAGAAUGCAGGUUUCUUCAUUGCGGAAUAAAGUUUCCAUCAGCCUCAAACUACCUAAUGACCAUAGGCGCACAUAAAAGAGCUUGCUUAUUAGUUAACUGAAACUGGAAUAAUAAACUUUGCAGGCACCUAUUGUGAUGCGUUUUUAUCGCAUUCUGAGAAAAAAUAUGGAAAACGUGUGAUCAUGUAGGAUAAUAUAUGGGUCGCGGGUAAGGUUUUAUAUGAUCACAUAUAAGAUUUUAUAUAAGUCGGAUGUGAUCGUGUAUCAAAUCCGAAAUUUGGGGGCGCGAUCUGAUCACUUAUAUAUAUAUAUAUAUAAUCUUAUAUAAUCAUACGUUUCUAUCUUUUCUCGGGAUUCGUUUGAUAUUAAACACGUGUCCAACACAUUGUUUACGACUUUAUUUACAAUUAGAUUUACGUAGUAUGUCGAAAUGAGAAAAUUGAAAAUAAAUAGCGGCCUUUGAAUUAGCGAAAUCA